AUGAAUACACAGUGUUUUAUAGUGUUAGCGCUCGCUUUUGGCGUCGCGGUCGCCCAGGAAACCUUCAAAUGCCCAGAUGACUUCGGCUUCUACCCUCACCACAACUCAUGUGACAAAUACUGGAAAUGUGACAAUGGCGUCGCGGAGCUCAAGACCUGUGGAAACGGACUCGCCUUCGACAACUCAGACUCCAAAUACUUGACCGAAAACUGUGACUACCUACACAACGUUGACUGUGGGGACAGAACACAACUAGAACCUCCAAUCUCCACUCCUCACUGCGAAAGACUGUACGGUAUCUUUGCUGACGAGGCCAAAUGUGACGUUUUCUGGAACUGCUGGAAUGGAGAGGCCUCUCGCUACCAGUGCAGCCCUGGACUCGCUUACGACAGAGAAGCUCGCGUGUGCAUGUGGGCUGACCAGGUUCCAGAGUGCAGAAACGAAGAAGUAGCAAACGGUUUCUCUUGCGCCAACCCUGGUGAAGUUGCCAAUAUUGGAUCCUUCAGUCGCCACGCUCACCCCGAAGAUUGCCGUAAAUACUACAUCUGUCUCGAAGGUGUUGCCCGUGAAUACGGGUGCCCAAUUGGAACCGUCUUCAAGAUCGGAGACUCAGACGGCACAGGCAACUGUGAAGACCCAGAAGACGUUCCCGGAUGCGAAGACUACUACGGUGAUUUGGACCUGAAGUCUAUCCGCAAGAGUGAGCUCCUCGCCGGCCUCAAGAGCGACGGCCAGUCCCGCCCAGACCAGCCCAAGCACCUCAAACCCCGUCCACAAAAAGAACAAAACUGA